AAGAAAAACAGCAUGGUUUGGUUGUUGGAAUAAAUAAGAACUACCCGAAAACAUUGCAAUAACUUAUUCUUUCACGAUGGGUAAGAAAGCACAGCGAUACUUUUCUGAGGAACCCAAAGCGUCGGAAACUAAAGAUGCGACGCAAAAGCCAAACGACCGCAAAACAGGUACGACACAACCUACCAACAUGAAAGUGAUCGUGGUAGAUACACAAAAGAAAUUCGCGCCACGAAAGCGACACCACGGGUCGGCUGCAGGAUAUGGAAGGAAAAAGCAACCGGAACGAGUCAAAAUUCCUAUAGACCCAGCGGCCCUCAUGCGCCAUUCGCGAGGCGAGCGUCUCGAUCUUUCCGGUGUUAAAUCGAAAGCUCACAAACUUAAAGAAAAACGUAAAGACAUCAACAUUGAGUACGCCACGGAACAGGCGGCUCGUGCCGAGAUUCUGCUCGACGGCGAGGAAGGUUACCUCGAGGCCGACGAAGGCGAAAGCACGACCGACAUCACACAGAAAGAGAUUGUGGACAACGUGGACAUAACAACGGCAAAGAAACACUUUAACCUCGCCCUCGACUUUGGCCCCUAUCGGAUGAGAUACACGAAAAAUGGAAAGUACCUGCUGCUCGGCGGCAAACGGGGCCACGUGGCCGCGUUCGAUUGGGCCCGCAAGAAGCUGCUGUGUGAAAUGAACGUAAUGGAAUCGGUACACGAUGUGACUUGGCUCAUGAACCACACUAUGUACGCGGUGGCCCAAAAGAACUGGGUGCACGUCUACGAUCGGAAAGGCACCGAGCUGCACUGCGUCAAAGCGAUGCACCGGAGUCUUCGGUUGGAGUACUUGCCGUACCAUUUCCUGCUGUGCAGUGCCGGCGAGACUGGAUUCCUGUCGUGGAUUGACGUGUCCAUGGGUCAGAUGGUGGGAAACUAUGGCGCUCGGCUAGGCAGAGUGUCCGUGAUGACUCAGAAUCCGUGGAACGCAGUGACCUGCAUCGGUGACUCAAAAGGCGUCGUGUCGAUGUGGUCACCGACCGUGCGUGAACCUCUGGCAAAGAUGCUCUGCCAUCCGCUGCAGCUGACGGCACUGGCGAUCGAGCCGAAGGGCAUGCAUAUGGCGACGGCGGCAUUGGAUCGUAAAGUCAAGAUCUGGGAUAUACGGAUGCUGGAGGGACCACUGGAAACGUAUCACACAAAUACGGCGGCCACCGAAAUCGAUCUUUCACAGCGAGGUCUAUUGGCACUGUCGAUGGGCAACGUGUGUGAGGUGUAUCGCCGAAAUCAUGGCGUUGAUGCAGCGGAACUCAAACCGUACAUUCGCCAGCGCAUGAGCGGCACCGUCUCCGGCCUACGAUUCUGCCCGUUCGAAGACAUUCUCGGCGUUGGCACCGACAAGGGCUUCAGCUCGUUGAUUGUACCCGGCGCAGGGGAACCCAACUUUGACACGUUCGAGUCGAAUCCGUACCAGUCGCGAUCGCAGCGCCAGGAAGAGGAGGUUCACAAUCUGCUGGAGAAGAUUCCGGCUGAAUUCAUUUCUCUCAAUCCCAACCAAAUCACGGAAGUGGAUGUGCCUUCCGUGAAGGCACGCCUGGACGAGAAAGUGAAGCAGCUGACGUUGAAACCGCCGAAGAUCAACUUUGAGCCACGCAAGCGGAAAGGUGUCUCUAAGGCAAAGCUGGUUAAAAUCAAGCAACACGUGAAGGACGCCCGGUUCCGUGAGGCGGCGAAGGAGGUCUUGGAACAGAAACAGAAAAUCUUGGCCGAAGACGAGAGUCCAGACUUUAUACCGCUCGAACCAAAAACCGUACUGGAUCGCUUUCAAACGAAAAAGAAAAAAGGCAAACACUGAACCGAUUCCUGGUGGAGAUCGUUUAUAUUGAUUUGAUGGAAUAAAAUGUUAAAUAAUACAA